GCAGGCGUUGCGGUGUUGCUCCCGCCCCGCUUCCUCUGCCGCCUUCUCCGCCGGGCUCGGGUGGGGCUCGACGGCGGCGAGUGACAGCGGCCACUGCGUGAGGCGGCGGGCGCGGGGAGGCGGGCAGCCAUGUCGGACAGCGGGGCGAGCCGCCUGCGGAGGCAGCUGGAGUCGGGGGGCUUCGAGGCGCGGCUGUACGUGAAGCAGCUGUCGCAGCAGUCGGACGGCGACCGCGACCUGCAGGAGCACCGGCAGCGGGUGCAGGCGCUGGCGGAGGAGACGGCGCAGAACCUGAAGCGCAACGUCUACCAGAACUACCGGCAGUUCAUCGAGACGGCGCGCGAGAUCUCGUACCUGGAGAGUGAGAUGUACCAGCUGAGCCACCUGCUGACGGAGCAGAAGAGCAGCCUGGAGAGCAUCCCGCUGGCGCUGCUGCCCGCCGCCGCCGCCUCUGCGGGUGAGGACACGGCGGGCGCGGGGCCUCGGGAACGCGGGGCGGCCCAGGCAGGCUUCCUUUCCGGGCCGGGCGGCGUCCCCCGCGAGGGCCCCGGUACGGGCGAGGAGGGCAAGCAGCGCACGCUCACCACGCUCCUGGAGAAGGUGGAGGGUUGCAGGGACCUGCUGGAGACGCCAGGCCAGUACCUGGUGUACAACGGGGACCUGGUGGAAUACGAGGCGGACAACAUGGCCCAGCUGCAGCGCGUGCAUGGCUUCCUCAUGAACGACUGUCUGCUGGUGGCCACCUGGCUGCCGCAACGGCGAGGCAUGUACCGCUACAACGCGCUCUAUCCCCUGGACCGCCUGGCGGUGGUCAACGUCAAGGACAACCCGCCCAUGAAAGACAUGUUCAAGCUGCUCAUGUUCCCCGAGAGCCGCAUCUUUCAGGCGGAAAACGCCAAGAUUAAACGAGAGUGGCUGGAAGUGCUGGAGGAGACCAAGAGGGCGCUCAGCGACAAGAGGAGGCGGGAGCAGGAGGAGGCAGCGGCCCCUCGCGCGCCACCACCGGCCACUUCCAAGGGCAGCAACCCGUUUGAGGACGAGGACGACGAAGAGCUGGCCAGCCCCGAGUCGGAGGAGGAAAAGGUAGACCUCUCCAUGGAGUGGAUCCAGGAGUUGCCGGAAGACCUGGAUGUCUGUAUCGCACAGAGGGACUUUGAGGGGGCCGUGGACUUGCUGGACAAAUUAAAUCAUUACCUGGAAGAUAAGCCCAGCCCACCUCCCGUGAAGGAGCUGAGGGCUAAGGUGGAUGAGCGGGUGCGGCAGCUCACCGAGGUGCUUGUGUUUGAGCUGUCCCCAGAUCGCUCCCUGCGAGGCGGCCCGAAGGCUACGCGAAGGGCCGUGUCUCAGCUGAUCCGCCUGGGCCAGUGCACCAAGGCUUGCGAGCUGUUUCUGAGGAACAGGGCGGCGGCCGUGCACACCGCCAUCCGCCAGCUCCGGAUAGAGGGCGCCACACUGCUCUACAUCCACAAGCUGUGCCACGUCUUCUUCACCAGCCUCCUGGAGACCGCGAGGGAGUUUGAAACAGACUUUGCCGGCACGGACAGUGGCUGCUACUCUGCCUUCGUGGUCUGGGCCCGGUCUGCGAUGGGCAUGUUCGUGGACGCUUUCAGCAAGCAGGUUUUUGACAGCAAGGAGAGCCUGUCCACUGCGGCCGAGUGUGUGAAGGUGGCCAAGGAGCACUGCCAGCAGCUGGGAGAAAUUGGGCUGGACCUCACCUUCAUCAUCCACGCCCUGCUGGUGAAGGACAUCCAGGGGGCCUUGCACAGUUACAAGGAAAUUAUCAUUGAAGCCACCAAGCACCGGAACUCGGAGGAGAUGUGGCGUCGGAUGAACCUGAUGACCCCCGAGGCCCUGGGCAAGCUCAAAGAGGAGAUGAGAGGCUGUGGGGUCAGCAACUUUGAGCAGUACACGGGGGAUGACUGCUGGGUGAACUUGAGCUACACGGUGGUGGCCUUCACCAAGCAGACCAUGGGCUUCCUGGAGGAGGCACUGAAGCUGUACUUCCCAGAGCUGCACAUGGUGCUCCUGGAGAGUCUGGUGGAAGUCAUCCUGGUUGCAGUGCAGCACGUGGACUAUAGCCUGCGGUGUGAGCAGGACCCCGAGAAGAAGGCGUUCAUCCGGCAGAACGCAUCCUUUCUCUAUGAAACCGUCCUUCCCGUGGUGGAGAGGAGGUUUGAGGAAGGUGUGGGGAAGCCCGCCAAGCAGCUGCAGGACCUUCGGAAUGCAUCUAGACUCCUGCGGGUAAACCCCGAGAGCACCACUUCUGUGGUCUGAGGCUGGGGUCUGUCGUGUGUG